UACACUGCGCUGAUGGCUUAUAUUGGGAGAAGGAGAAGAGAACCUACGGCCUCUUCCAAGAACCAAGCACUUCCUCUUCCCAGAUCCAAGCACAUCCUUUUCCUCUCUCUUCUCUUUCUUUCUCUCAGACGGCAGAACCCUUCGUCCAAAAUCUUCGACGGCCGAACCCUUCGUUCUUAGAUCUCUUCCUCUCUCUCAGAUUUGAGAAUCACCGUCUGCCAGUUCUCUUCCUCUCUCUCAGAUCGGCGAUUCGGACGGAGUCACUGAGCUCGGCCGCUACCCACUUUUCGGCGUCGAACCAGUGACCUUCUUUGAGUAAUUUGCAGUCUUGAUGCGGGAUGGAGGAGUUGCUUUUCAUUCUUCUACUGGGCAAGUUAUCUUUCUCAAUCUAUUGAGCAUCAACGUGUUGAAACUCUCGAUCGAGUUCUCCGGAGUCGAAAUCAUGAUCAUGAUUUUCCAGAUCAAAAGUAUGAAUUUAUGAGUCAUCAGCUCCUCAUGUGUACACAAAUUUGAAUGCUCAGCACACAACUUGCUGCGUGGAGGAUCUGUCACUAACUUUGGGUGACCACAUCAUUUCUUUGUUCUUCCUGAAGGUGUGUAUUGCUUGCUACUAAUAUUUGCUCAUCAUCUUGUGGAGAAUAGCCUUGCCCCUCCUUAGGCUGGUGGACUCAUUUUGCCUCUGAAGUACUCUCACUGCCAAAGUUUGAUCUAACUUGAUUUUCCUAUUCUCUCUCUCCAUCUUUGCUUUUCUUAUCUCUCGUUGGUACAAUAGUUAUUUCGUUGCCUUUCUACUUGCACAAAAUCCAAAAAACCAAAAAACCAGAAAAAGAAAAAAGAAAAAAGAAUGGAGUUAGUUAUUUCAAUUGUAGCGAAAAUAGCAGAGUACACGGUUGCACCUGUUGGACAGUGGCUAUGCUAUUCAUGCCACUACAAUAGCAACAUGGAGAAUUUGAGGAAUCAGAAAAAGAAUUUGCGGGAUUUUAAGAAAAGGGUGCUACACUCGAUUGAUGCUGCUUCAAGAAAAGGCGAGGAAAUUGAAGAUGAUGUUAAAACGUGGUUGACAAAGGUGGAUGGUAUUUUACAUCAAUUGGCCACCAAAAUACUUGGUGGAGGUGAAGCAGAAGCAGGUACGAGGAGCUCUAAUGCGGCAUGCCUAAACUUGAAACAUCGACAUCAAUUAAGUCGGGAAGCAAAGAAGAUCGUGGAAAAUAUUGCCGAACUUCUUAAAAAUGGAAACUUCAGCAAAGUCGGUUUUUGUCCCGCUGCGCAAGAAAUGGUGAAUCCAAUAAACAGGGAUUACAUGAGCUUGGAUUCGAGGAUAUCAAUUAUGGAGAGAAUUAUGGAGGCAUUGGGAGAUGCUAAUAUCAACAGGAUCGGCGUGUGGGGGUCGGCUGGAGUUGGAAAGAGUACACUUAUGAAAGAAAUUUUCCAGAAAGCCAAGGAGGAAAGUUUAUUCCAUGAGGUGGCUCUAGCAAAUGUGACGGACACCCUAGACGUAAUUCGAAUACAAGGAGAAAUUGCAGAGAUGCUAGAUCUAGAGCUUGAUCCUGAUAAAAUUGUAACAGUAAGAGCAGGCCGUCUACGGGCGAGGUUAGAAAAAGACAAUGAGAAGAAGAUACUUGUUAUCUUGGAUGAUGUAUGGAAACAACUUGAUUUGGAGGAAAUAGGAAUUACUCCUUCCGAAAGAUGCAAAGUACUACUCACAUCCAGAGAUCGGCAGGUACUAGCAGAUGAGAUGCGCACCGAAGAGAACAGCUUUAAACUCGACAUUGUAGGAGAACAAGAAGCAUGGAAAUUAUUUGAAAAGAUGGCGGGUGAUUCUAUCAAAGAUGAUCAUGAUUUGCAAAAUCAAGCAAUUAAGGUAGCUAAAGCGUGUGAAGGUCUUCCUAUUGCACUUGUAACAGUUUCUAGGGCAUUAAAGAAUAAGAAUUUGAGUACCUGGAAGGAUGUCCUGGUGCAACUAACAAGACCCACUCCAAAACAUGACACAAAAAUAUGGUCACGCGUAUAUUCUUGUAUAGAGCUAAGCUAUAUACAUCUUGAUGGUAGAGAGGUCAAAUCCCUCUUUUUGCUUUGUGCUCGACAAGGUUACUACGUUUCCUAUCGGGAUUUGUUGAGAUAUGGUUUCGGUCUGCGUUUAUUCUAUGGCAUCGAUACAUUGGAAGAAGCAAGAAACAGGCUAGAGACUUUAGUUAAUAAUCUCCGAGAUUCUUGUUUGCUACUACAAAGUCCACAUAGCUCCAAGGAAUUUUACAUGCAUGAUGUUGUUCGUCGUGUCGCUACAAUAAUUGCAUCAAAUGAUCAUAAUAUGUUUGUCAUGAGAGGCGAUGGUGGGCAAAAAGCAUGGCCAGAUGUGGAUGCACUAAAAAUAUGCGAGGCGCUCUCUAUCUAUGGUGGAGAUCAUAUCCAUAAAUAUCCCAAUAAAAUAGAAUGUCCUAAUUUAAGAUACUUUCAUGUCCAGUGUAAAAAUCGAUAUUUGGCAACCCCAAGCAGUACUUCCUUCCAAGGGAUGGACAAGCUCGAAGACAUUUUCUUCCAGGGGAUGGACAAGCUCGAAGUUCUAAGUUUGACAAAUAUACAACUUUCAUCACUUUUGUCACUUAGAAACCUACAAACAUUGUGUCUAGAUGAAUGUAAGUUGGAAGAUAUUCAUGGGAUUGGAGAACUCAAGAAUUUAGUAAUUCUUAGUCUUGCUCGUUCUGACAUUUCAAAUCUGCCAACAGAAAUAGGGUUGUUGACUCGUUUGCGGUUAUUGGAUUUGAGCAGUUGUUACAAACUUAAAGUGAUUCCUCCUAAUGUCUUGUCAAGCUUGGUCAACUUAGAAGAGUUGUAUAUGCGUAAAAUCACUGUCCAAUGGGAGGUUGAAGGACCCAGCAAUGAAGGAAAAAAUGCUAGCCUUGCAGAGCUGAAGAAAUUGUCACACUUGAUCACCUUAGAGAUUGAUAUUCCGGAUGCCAACAAUCUACCGAAAGAUUUGUUUACUGAAAAGCUUAAGAGAUACAAGAUAUGCAUUGGAGGUACCUGGCAUCUCUUUUUUAAGGAGGAGUUGGCCUUCUCAAGAAUGUUAAAACUCAAACUGAAUAUGAGCUUCCAAUUAGACUUUGGGAUCAAAAUGCUACUGAAGAGGACAGAAUAUCUUCAUUUAGACGAGUCGAACAUUACGAAGAGUGUCUUAUAUCAAUUAGAUAGAGAAGAUUUUCAACAACUGAAACAUCUCUGUAUCGAAAAUAAUGGUAAUAUUAAGCAUAUCCCUGAGUUGAGGACAUCGGCCUUCAAAAACUUGAAAGUUUUAAAGGUGGAAAACUGUGAGACAUUAAGAUUUAUCUUCUCAUCAUCUAUAGCUAGAGGCCUUUCACUACUUGAAGAAUUGAACAUAACAAGAUGCAACAACAUGGGUGCAAUAUUCGUGAAAGAAGAAGAAGACGAAAUAGAAGAUCAGGGAGAUAUGAUGUUGUUCGGUCGACUUCAAACCUUAGUGCUAAAGGAUCUUCCAAAGCUCGUGGGCUUCCUAAGCACAAGAGAAACCAAUUCAGAGGGCAACCUGCAUGAUUUUCAGUUGCCGCUUCUACAUCAUCAGGGCAAACUUCCAUUGAUAUACUUCAAAAACUUGAAGGUUUUAAAGGUGGAGAACUGUCAGAAAUUAAGAUUUGUCUCCUCAUCAUCCAUAGCCAGAGGCCUUUCACUACUUAAAAAAUUGAAAAUAAAAAGAUGCAACAACAUGGGUGCAAUAGUUGUGACAGAAGAAAAAGACGGAAUAGAAGAUGGAGAUGUAAUAUUGUUCCAUCAACUGCAAACCUUGGUGCUAGAGGACCUUCCAGAACUCGUGAGCUUCUUAAGCACAAAAAGUUCAUUCAUGACUGAUUGUGGGCAGAUCAUUGCAGAGGGCAACCACAAUCUUCACAUGCCACUUCUACCUCAUCAGGUUUCAUUUCCUAGCUUGCAAACACUGCAUAUGGAAGGUCUACCCAAAAUAAAGCACGUAUGGAACUAUGGUCAAGAACCCAAAACAGUUUUCACAGGUCUCGAGCAAUUGCAAGUAGUUGAGAUUAUGGAUUGUGGGGUGGAGGAAAUUGUUGCAGUUGAAAGAGGAGGAGGAGAAGCAGUAGCAAUUAGGAUUUUGGUGUUCCCUCAAGUAAUUACUUUGAAUCUUAUAAAUUUAAAGAGACUCAAGUGGUUUUACAAAGGAGUACAUGUUACAAAAUGGCCGAUGCUGAAAUGGAUGAAAAUUGAAGGAUGCGAGAAAGUUGAGAUUUUUGCUUCAGGAGUUGUGAGUUUUGAAAAAACAGUUCAAGUUCAGAGGCAGUCUGAGAUGUCUAUUAAACAACCCCUAUUCUCGGUGGAUGAGCUCUCAUUCCCCAGCUUGGAGACACUGGGCAUUGCGAACAUGGAUUCGUUAGAAAUUAUAUUUGGAAAGCUGGAGGGGCAAAAUGGUAAAGAGCCACAAGUUUUAAUAUCCCCAGGGUCAAGGACAGAAGAAAGUGGAGCAAUCACAAAUUUUGCACCAACAGUUGUCUUUCCUAGCUUGCAAACACUGCAUAUGGAGGAUCUACCUAAGAUAAAGCAUGUAUGGAGUGAAUAUUCCAAAACAGUCUUCAAUUUUCAAAAUCUGCAAAAAAUACAAGCUGUGAGAUGCGAGAGUCUGAAAAGUUUAUUUCCAAUCUCGGUUGUUAGCUGUCUCGAGCAAUUGAAAAUACUUGAGAUUAGCAAUUGUGGGGUGGAGGAAAUUGUUGCAGUUGAAGGAGGAGGAGGAGAAGCAGUAGCAAUUAGGACUUUGGUGUUCCCUCAAGUAACUAAGUUGAAGUUUAGAAAUUUAAAGAGACUCAAGUGGUUUUACAAAGGAGUGCAUGUUUCAAAAUGGCCGAUGCUGAAAGAGAUGGAAAUUGGAAUAUGCGAGAAAGUAAAGAUAUUUGCUUCAGGAUUUGUGAGCUUUCAAGAAACAGUUAAAGAUCAGAGGCAGUCUGAGAUGUCCAAUAUUAAACAACCCAUUUUCUCGGUGGAUGAGCUCUCGUUUCCGAGCUUGAAGAAGUUGUACAUUCGGAACAUGGAUAAGUUGGAAAUUGUAUGGCAGGAUCAAGUCGCUGCGACUUCUAUUCCCAAUAUUCAAGAAUUGGAAAUUGAUUUUUGUCACAAGUUGUUGCACGUCUUUCAAUCUAAUUUGCAUGCAACAACAACAACAUUGAUGCAAAGUCUGACUAGUCUACGCAUAAGCCGGUGCAGUUCAUUAGAAAGUAUAUUUGGAAAUAUGGAGGGGCAAAAUGGUAAAGAAUCACAAGUUUUAAAGGCUCCAAGUUCAGGUACAGAAGACGGAAUAGCCGGACAUAUUGAGUUCCCCAUACUAACUCAAUUGUCACUAUUUGAAUUGCCAAAACUCAAGUGGAUUUUUGAAGGAGUGCAUACUAAUUUGGAAUCAUGGCCUUCAUUGAAAAGAUUAUGCCUCUGGGAAUGUAGUGAACAAGUGAACAAAAUGAUGUGGGCUUCAAAAUUUGCAAGCAGCAGUAGCAGUCAAGAGAACCAACUCCCGACUUGCAUUCAACAACCCAUGUUCGUCGUUGAGGAGGGUACGUUCCCCAACUUGGAGGAUUUGUCAUUGAAGUUCCUUGGAAGAACCAUACGUCCUAGCAGAUUUUUAGAUUUUCCUAAUCUAUCUUUUCUUCUAACAAGACUGCCAAAUCUGUUGAAACUUAACGUAUAUGAUAGUGUCUGGGAGGAAAUAUUCCCUUAUGAACUUAUUGAUCGAGAAAUACGAUUAAGACGACUAACGCUCUGUCGUCUAUGUAUGCUUACACAUUUGUGGAAAGAAGACAGUACCCAGCCAUGCCAACUUUUUCAUAAUCUGGAAUACCUUCAUGUGUUACGAUGCGGCAAAUUGAAAAACAUAGUGCCAUCAUCUGUAUCUCUUCGCAAUUUGACAAGAUUGGAAAUAUCACAUUGUCACGGAUUGAUCAAUUUAUUAACAUCCUCAACUGCCAAAACUCUGGUGCAACUCAAAAGAAUGACUGUGAUUGAUUGCAAAAGGAUUACAGAAAUUGUAGCAAUGGAGGAUAUUGGUGAAGCAAAUGUGGCGAUUACUUUCAACAAGUUAACAUACUUAAAACUUGAUGGCUUACCAAACUUCACGCACUUUUGCUCUGGACCUUAUUCCUUUGGGUUCCCAUCUUUGAAGGAAGUAAUUGUGAGAUGUUGUCCCGAGAUGAAGAUUUUCUGUCACGGGGUCUUAAGUACACCAGAGCUAAAAGGAGUAUCUGAUGCUGAUUAUAGUUGGAAUUCGAAGCAAAAUUUGCAUUUGGAGGAUGACCUUAAUACCACCACACGUUGUCUUUGGGAGUCAAAUCAAUAUGAUACUCAAUGCUUAUUCAGAGAAAGGUUGAGAAUUCGGAAGGAGAUGAAGAUCAUCCUUAAUAUGCAUGCAGCAGCUGGAUUAAUGUAGCUUUUCAAUGCAGAAUUUGUGGAUCCAAUAGUGAUGUUUCUUUCUUUUGAUGAAGUCAGUGCGGGGAGAUGAAGAUCAUCCUUAAUAUGCAUGCAGCAGCUGGAUUAAUGUAGUUUUUCAAUGCAGAAUUUGUGGAUUCAAUGGUGAUGUUUCUUUCUUUUGAUGAAGUUAGUGGGGGCAGAGGAUCCUUCAUUCCCAUUAAUGUUUAAUUAUGGUUUGCUUGUUUUAUUAUGUCUUCUUUAUUUUCAAAUCUCUCUUAUAUUUACUAGAGAAUGCCAAAAAACAAAAGUUUGACAUUGUAUUGAUUUGAUAUAACUCCUCAUGAAGUACUGUAGUUAACAACUCCGAUGUUGCCAACAAAUAAACUUGAAUUAUAAUCUUUUGAUUAUAAUUUGACCA